AUGGUCUAUCCAAGCGUUGAAGAAUGGCGGCAGAAUGUCUAUGCUCACAACAACCAAAGGGUUUUACACACUUCACCAGCUCAGACUGAAGAACAAACACCACUUGUUCACUGGAAGCCAGUCAAUCACCAAGGCCCCAUCCCCCAUGAUGCGAUAUCCUUUGUUGACGAUAAGGCAUUAUUCUUGGGUGAAACUGGCUGUACUGCUCCUGGCUCGUACAUGAUAGCCAGAGCAGGGUCCGAAGGCGACUUCACUUGUGUGACAGCUUCAAGGAACUUGGCGAAAUACGUAAUUGAUUUCGGUCACAGGGAAUACGAAGAUCCCAAUACAUAUGAGGUCUUAUGUGGCCGGCGCGACGCGGUCCAAUGGGUCAGCUUUUCCUCGGGGAACGGGGCCACAGAGAAAGACGUGAUCUAUGCCCAAUCAUGGCGGCCAGUAGAACUCGGUCGGGACUCGGAUGGAAGAUUGUGGUUUGUCGGUUUAGCUCCGGAGCCACACGUACUGGUACCUGGAAACCCGCUGCCUUGCAAGAUCCAAGAUGGGACCAACGUUGCGCUAUUUUUUGAUGAAGUCUGCAAGCCAAAGACGACUAAAAAUUUUCAAAUGCUAGUUCACAAGGACUUAUCGGCGUUAUGA